AUUUAAACGUCAUUUUGUGUGAAUGUUGAGGAGAAUGUUGUGUGUUUUCUUUGAUUUGAAGAAGGGAAAAUUCAUUGGAAGUGAGAGCAUUGGCGUGAGAGUGAGACACUAAAACGCCAAACCAAGUGGAAAAGUGCGAUAAAUAAUUUGACUUUCUUAACACAUUUUAUUCCUUUUUUUUUCAUUUAUUCUUCUUCAUUUUCUUUUUACCAUUUUUGACUUUAUGAAUUUUGUUUUUGUGUUCCGGAAAGAAAAAAAGUGAUCAAAAUUGAAUUGAAUUGAACGGAUUUUGUUGUUUUUUCUUGUGUUUUUUGGGUGGAUUGCAAGGGAAAAGCAAGAUUGUGUGGAAAAGUUAGAAGAAGAAGGAAAAGUCUUUUGUUUUAAGUUAAAAAAAGUAGAGAAAAAAAGUGUAAAGAAAACAGAGUGAGAAAGAGAGAGAGACAGAGUAAAAGAGGAAAAAGGAAAGAAAGAAAUCUCAGCAAAGUUUUGUGUGUAAAAGACUCAUAAACUGUCGAUUGCAUUUACAAAGUUCAAAGAAGAUCAAAUUUUGAUUUAGACCAUUAAAUUUAGGUUUAUUAAUAAACUCUUUGGAUAAUGCUCUGUGUAAUUUUCAAUUAAUUAAACAUAAAGUGUGGAAAAUUUGGACAGAAAAUCAAAUAGAAAGAGAGAGAGAGAGAGACAGAGAAUUAAUGUUGUAGUAAAAUAAUAAAGUGUAAGACGAAAAUCUUCAAGGAGGGAAAAUAUCGUGUUGUUUUUCUUGUUGCUAGAGAGAAACCAUUAAAAUGGAAAUUAUAGCAACAUUGUGACUUCCUGCAACGUGUUAAACAACAACAAAAAACAAAUGCAAUUAUCCAAAAUUCACUAAACUCUCAAUAAAUUUUUUACAAGACAAUAAUAACAAUUACAAAAACAAAACAAAAAAGAAAAGAAAAGUGUAAAAGCAAUUUGCAGCAACAUUGGAGAAAUUUCUAAAGGGGAAUCCCUGUCAAAACAUUCACAACAUCAUGUCAUUAUUUUGGCAAAAGGAAUGGCGGCACAUGUCGACGUCCGAGCGAAUGUUUCGUCCUGGAGACAUCUGAAAUGAUUGUUAUUGACUAUCCGGAAGUGUCAAAUGCAGGAAGUUUGGGUACAACGGCCAAUCAUUUGUCCCCGUCGACGGCAAAAGUGACGAGAAAUCGAUGUGAUCGGAUUGUUGGAAUGGAUCAUUUGGCGGCUGGACAGCAAAUUCGGGCUGGUGGUGCAUCAGCCUUCAAUAUCAUUUAUACAUCGGAUGUUGAUUUGGGUACCGCAGGAGGGCAGCAGCAGCAGCAACAACAACAACAACAACAGCAAUCGCAUCAAUCACGACCUGAACUGUAUCAAAAGUGCAAUAGGGGCAGUCAUUCGAGUGAUACAAGUUCAGCAUACAGUGGAUCAGACACCAUGACGUCAGUUCAUAGUUCAUCAAUUGAUGCCGAUGAGGUGGAUCUGUCGGGUUUGGUGGAGAGUGUUGUGGAUUCAGAUGAGGAAGAUCUAGCUGAGAGUAUGGAUAGUUUAACUGUCCGGGAUACAGUUAGGGAGUGCCUGGAGAAAGAUCCAACGGACAGAACUGAUGAUGAUAUUGAGACAUUGUUGGAAUUUACACAGAAACUCAAAGCAUUCACCAGUCUAACUCUGGCUGUACGUCGUGCUCUGUGCAGUGUCAUGGUAUUUGCUGUGGUCGAAAAGGCUGGUACCAUGGUGAUGAAUGAUGGUGAAGAAUUGGAUUCGUGGUCGGUAUUGAUAAAUGGUCAUGUUGAGAUUGAACAUACAAAUGGUGAUCAUGAAGAACUUCAGGUUGGUGAUAGUUUUGGGAUAUUGCCAACAAUGGAUAAAUUGUAUCAUCAUGGUGUUAUGAGGACAAAAUGCGAUGAUUGUCAGUUUGUCUGUAUCACACAGACAGACUACUACAGGAUUCAGCAUCAGGGUGAAGAGAAUACCAAGAGGCACGAAGACAAUGGACAAUUGGUAAUGAUAACGGAACUGAGGCAUGGUGUUUUGGAUGCUGGAACAAGGAGAGGACAUGUUGUUAUUCGUGGAACACCAGAAAGAUUGAUGUUACAGCUAAUUGAGGAGAAUAGUAUGACAGAUCCAACGUACGUUGAGGAUUUCCUCCUGACUUACCGGACAUUCAUUGAGAAUCCCAAUCAAGUGGCACAGCAACUACUGACGUGGUUUGAAAAUGAAGAUACAUCACCACAAAUGACUUCUGCCACAGCCAAUGAGAUACGUGAUCGUGUUACACGAACUGUUAUCCUUUGGGUUAACAAUCAUUUUACUGAUUUUGAAUUUGACGGACACAUGAUGGAAUUUCUUGAGUCCUUUGAAGCUGGUCUCGAGAAGAAGGCCAUGGAGGGACAAUUGAGACUAUUGCAUAUUGCAUGUGCUGCUAAGGCUAGAACAAGAGUGGUCACUUUGACUAGAUCGUCACGGGAUGAAGCAUUGAAUUUUGAAAUUGGUGGUGGAAGUGAAAGAGGUGGUCUUGGGGUGUUUGUUGUUGGUGUUGAACGGAGAAGUAAGGCUGAUGAGGUGGGUUUUAAGAGAGGUGAUCAGAUCCUUGAGGUCAAUGGACAGAGUUUGGAACAUGUGACAAUUGGGAGGGCGAUGGAAUUGCUGAAGAGUACGACACAUUUGUGUGUUACACUGAGGAGUAAUCUUUUGGCAUUUAGGGAAAUGCUGGGAACACCUGAGUGUCUCAGUCCACAGAGAUCGAGACCACCGAGACGACGUAUGGUGCCGGAUUUGGCAGAUCCGAGAGCUAGGCUAUCAGCAGCUGAUUUGAUGGGUGUCGAUCAGGCUGAUGGUGCAGCACAGAGGACGGUAACGAUGACACAGGGUGGUGUAUCGAGUGGUGGACCACUUUCUGCACCACCUGCAACUGUUAAGAGUGGCUUUAUGACAUUGGCACCAAAAAGACGACUACAGAAGGCUCUGAUUAAGAUGAAUCUCUUGCCGAAGAAUUCACUGUUACUGGCCAGUGAAAGUGGUAGCAUUGAGGCUGAAUCACCGCCACCUGUUCCAUCAGUUGCAAUGACAAUUGGCGGCGGUGAUAGUAGUAGUACGAGUUCUGGAUCAUCUCAGAGUGUUACAGCUGGAACAGCAUCAGUUGUCACCCCGGGAAGUGGUACUGCAGCAGCAACUACAACAACUGCAGGAAUGUUUCACAGUCAAAGUAAUCCAGAUCUAAGUGCAACAUACUACGAUGAUAGUCGAUCAACUGACUAUCCAGAGCACGUUCUUAAAGUCUUCAAAGCCGAUCAAACGUGCAAGUAUCUCCUUGUGCACAAAGAAACAACAGCACAUGAAGUGGUAAUGCUAGCACUUCAGGAAUUUGGUAUACAUGAGACAAGUUCAAAUUUUUCCCUAUGUGAAGUUAGUGUUGGCGAUGGUGGAAUGGUUAAACAACGUCGUCUACCCGAUCAAAUGCAAAAUCUAGCAGAACGUAUUGGUUUAUCAGCUAGAUACUAUCUGAAAACAAAUGGUAUUAGUGAAACACUCGUACCCGAUGAUGUAGCUGGUGAACUUAUACGUGAAAAUGCCGUACACUUUCUCCAACUCAAUGCCAAUGAAGUGGCAAUGCAAUUGACAUUUCAAGAUUUUGGUAUAUUUCGUCAGAUUGAAAGUACAGAAUAUGUUGAUGAUCUAUUUGAUCUAAAAUCACCAUACGGUACACCAAUGCUACAGCAAUUUGCCGAAUUGGUAAAUCGUGAGAUGUUUUGGGUAGUAACAGAAAUCUGCAGUGAAGGCAAUAUAGUACGUCGUAUGAAGAUAAUUAAGCAAUUUAUAAAAGUUGCAAGACACUGCAAAGAAUGUCGAAAUUUUAAUUCAAUGUUUGCCAUUGUAUCGGGUCUUGGUCAUGCAGCUGUUAGUCGUUUGAGAUCAACAUGGGAUAAAUUACCGUCAAAAUAUCAGAAAUUAUUUGGUGAUUUGCAAGAAUUAAUGGAUCCAAGUCGCAAUAUGUCAAAAUAUCGUCAAUUGGUAUCAGCUGAACUUGUAACACAACAUCCAAUUAUACCAUUUUAUCCAGUGGUCAAGAAGGAUCUCACAUUUAUCCAUUUGGGUAAUGAUUCACGCAUCGAAGGACUCAUAAAUUUUGAGAAACUCCGAAUGAUUGCAAAGGAAGUCCGAAGUCUAGCCUACAUGUGCAAUUCACCAAAUGAUCUACUAACAAUGCUAGAACUUCGUGGUCAACCACCAAGUUCAGCCAUGGUGGCACUAAAUCAAAUGUCAGUGGCCACAAGUGGUAGUUCGGGUUUCCUAGGUGCGGGCCAGGCCACGGUUAAACGACGAAAGAAAAGUACAGCAGCACCAAAUCCCAAAAAGAUGUUCGAAGAGGCCCAAAUGGUGCGUCGUGUUAAAGCCUACCUCAACAAUAUGAAGGUGAUAACGGACGAAGAUGCCCUUCAUGCCCUGUCAGCUGACUGUGAACCGAGUGGUGGAUCAGCACCGAGUUCAGUGACCAUCCGGAAGCGUCAUCCAUCACCUACAUUGAGUACGACAAGUUCCACAAGUUCCACGAGUGAGGGUAAGAAGUGUCAGGGUGGUAGUGGUGCAGGUGGUGCAGCUGGUGCAAAAUUUGGUGCAGCAUCACCGCAGGCCGUUAAGAAGAUACUGGCACUGUCGGAACCCAGUAAAACCCGACCACAUCAUCCAAAACAUCCAGGAAUUGUUCUACCUGGCCUUGGGCAUCACUAUACCUCAACAAUAAGUCCUUCACCAUCUCCAAACACCCACCGACGCAUCAAUCCCAGCAGUAGUGCAGGAUCUGUAUCAUAUCCCGGACAUGGAUUUCCCAGUGGAGGUCACAUGGGUGGCACCGGUGGAAGUGGUAGGGCUAUUCAUGAGCGUAGUCACUCAGAUACACCAACUCCUGUGCCCUCAGUCGAUCUAUCUGCUGAGAGCAGUAGUGUUACAUCCCUCAGUAAUAUGCCCCUUCGAAAGACAAUCACAUCGAGCAGCCUGACAUCUAGUGACAGUGGACAUGGUAGUUGUGCACAAUCAACAGCUGACAAUCAGUCAAAUUGUUCAGAGAGUAACAGCGGUCUGUACCAUGUUGCAUCGUCAAUUGUUCACAAUUCGCCAUCGCCAACCCUUCAACAGAGACGCCAUUCAGCCCUUCACGGCUCCUGCGGUCUUGGCUAUGUACUGUCACCACCAUCUUCAACGCAUCAUCACAGUUUGGGUCUCAAUGGAGACCUAUCUCCCUUUCAAUUGGGUCCAAUUGCAUCACAACUGCACGGCUCAGCAGCCAAUUUCCUCACUUCGCCACAAUUUCACAGCGCCACCCGGUACAACGCUGCCCAUACAAUGGUGAGUGGUCAUGGGGUGCGAAGUGGUGGUAUUCCACGUCUACCGCCAGCUUACAGUGUUGCAGCACAAAUGGCACGCCUGCAUAGACUAGGCAGAGCUCAUAGUCAUGAAGGUGUUACAACAGUAUCAGUGGCAGCAGCUGCUGCAGCUGCCCAGGGCUCCUUCAUAGCACCCCAGACAAUCCUUCGGCAGGAUCCUGAGCCAGAUGAUGAAGAUGAUGAUGAGGAAACACAGGUAUCAGCUGUCUGAGAUGCCGGUGAUGCUGACAUUCCGAAUAAUUAAAAAAAAAAGAAAAAUACAUAUACAUAUAUAUACAAAAGAGAAAAACGUUAAGAAAACACCAAAUUUACUAUAAAUUGCUUUUUGUUUUUUUUUUCUUUAAAUAAUUUUUAAAUUUAUAACUAGUUUUGUUGGUAUUUAAAAGAUAAAAGAAAAGGAAUCUAUUUUUUUUUUUUAGUUUAAAUGAAGCAUGUCUGAAUAUUUCUUUUGAAAUGGAUUUUUUAGAAAGAAUAAUAAUAGAGAAGAAAAAAAUAAUACAAAAAAAUGGAAAAAAAUAAAUUAAUGUGAUAGUAUUGAGAAUCUCAAAAAAAAAAGAAGUUUUAUAUCGUAAAUUUAACUUUUUUUUUCUGUAAUUUUGAAGUCAAUUCUGUAUCUUUUUGAAUAUAUAUUUUUUUUGCAGAAGGAAAUGCUCUCUGGAUUAUUGUAUUUUUUUUCUUAAUUAAAAAAAGACAUAUCAAAUGUUUUUCUUCUUCUUAAUUCUCUAUUGGAGAUAGUACAGUAUUAUUAUUUAAAAAAUUUCUAUAAAUGACAAAAAUGGUGAGAACAAUAUUUACCGAAUUCGAAGGUUCUUCCUUUUUUUUUUUAAGUGAGAGAGAGGGAGAGGAAAAAUGAAUUAAACAGAGUCCAAUUUGUUCAAAUACUUUUUAAAUAUUAAUAGUUUUAUUUAAUGACUAUUAAAUGAAUUUUGAAGUAAAAGUUAUUAAAUAAAACUGUCAAUAUGCCCAAUAAUAUACGAAAUAAAAGAAGAUUUUUAAAAAAAAUUUAAAUAAUAAUAAAAGAAAUAUAAUUAGAGUACAGGGAAAAAAAUAUUUUUGAGUAAACUAUGUUUUCUUCUAAAGACAAAAAUUAAAGAAAUAAUAAAUAAAUGAAAAAGAGAAAAUACAUUUGGAGAAAUUAUGAAGAAAAAGGAAUAUUAAGAGAAAAGAAAUAAAUAGUUAAAAUAAAUGUAAUCAAUGUGAUUCAUCCUCGAAAAUAAACCAAUCCAAUAUUUGCUUCGUUUUAUUCUCCUCUUGUAAAUAAUAAGCGUUAUUUAAUUUCGAAAUAAAGAAAAUAAAAGUAAAAUAAAAGCAAAAAAUCAAGGAAAAAUGUUUUGUGAAAAAAGACAAAAAGAAAAUUAAAAGAGAUAACUGUAUAUUUUUAGAUGAAAAUUGUCUUGUGAGAUAAAAAAAAGAGAAAUAUUUACAAAAAAGAAAAACUAAUAGGGCUCUGUAAGGGUAUAUGUGAAUUAUAAUUUAGUAAAAAAAGCAAAAUAAAAAAAAGAAAAAUAUAUUAGUUGAAAUAAAAAUGAAUACCAGUGGAACCAACCAAUCUCAUAUUAAAAAAAAAAUAGAAAAGAAAUAUAAAUAAGUCCCAGAAAUAUUAAACCCAUUUUACUUAUAAUAAAACAAAAAAAAACCAAUCGUAGUAUUUGUUAUAUUUUGUAAAUAAUCAUAAAAUAAAAAAAAACCUCAAAUGAACAAAAAAGAGUCUCGAUGUAAUUAUUAAACAAAAAAAAAGAA